GGGGGCUUUUCCGAUCCAUGAGUGUAAGUGUUUUUUACUACGUAUAAAGAUAAACCUCUUUAACUGCAGUUCAUGUGGAUGUUGUAGUUCCCAGGGGUCACCAGUGACUUUUUCACGUUCUCCAAUUCGUCGUCCUGCCACCAGCACGUCUACUCAACAUCUGACGUAGUCGCUGCAAGACCUCCUCCGGACCGGAC